GCAAGGCGCCAAGCGUUGUGCGAGUCGCGAGUCUUCUCAAGAUGGCCAGCUUUCGAUCAAUUAAGUAUUUACCGCCCUUCGCCUGAGUUUCCACAUACCAUGGCGUGCCAUAAAAAAUCUGAUUUGACAAACUUUGCGUUGUACUACAGGAUAUAGUAGCGUGCAUACAGUUCUUUUUUGCAAUUAUUAUCUCAGAAUGAAAUAACAUUUCAUGACGUCGCCUAGCAGAAGCAAAUAAUUUAGCAGAAGACAGAAAGCGGCGGUAGAGGCUAGGACAAAAAAAACGAAGUGACAGUCAUUCGAUCGUGAGACGUGAGGUGCAAUCCCUUGAAAAUCAGCUCGUUUUCCCUUUUAAUCAAAAUCUGUGUAGUAGACGUCCAAAUUACCUGAAAAGUACGGUUCAAACAUGGCUGGACAAUCGACAUCUCAAACUCAAACUGAAACGCUUUCGGAAAGAGAAAUCACUGAUGGCUCUCAGGACGUUCCUAUCGUAAGAUUAUGUUUGCGAAAACCAAAGUCAAGUAAAAAAGUUCAAUGGACACAGGGAACUGUUGACAAUGAACACAUGAACAAGAAAAAAUCGAAAUGCUGCUGUAUAUAUGAGAAACCAAAGGAUUUUGGAGAGAGCAGUUCAGAGGAAAGCGAUGACGAGUGUGAGCAUUGUCAUGGGCAUAAAGAUUCACACAACAAGAAUAACUCAAGCCAGAACGAGGCUCCCCAAGGGGGAAUACAUUCACAUCCUGAACCAAUAGCUACAAGAUCAACCUAAUCUCACAAGAUCUCGACAUACUAUUAUAAAAAUGUCACUGACUUUCCAACAUUGUCUCUACAUCUUAGAUAUUGCAGCGCUGUUAGGUAGAAAAAAUGAUUUCAUCCCAGACUCAGAAGUUAUUGCCAAACCCUUUUUAUAUUGCUUAGGUGUCCUGGUUCUAAUUUUUUUCAACAAUCCUUUUCGAGAUUAGGACAGUAGGAUAUGGACUUGCUAAAAGUUGCUGCUCUUCUCACGUCAUUCCAUGAACACAUUCAUUAUUGAAAAAAUCCAUCUAUUAUAUCAUAUUUUCACCUACUUUGAUGUAAAAGAGAAUUCUCUUAAUCCAAUUGAAAUUGUUAACUCUCUCGUUUUUAGUUCGAAUACCUUCUUUUUACUCAUUUAGGCAAUUAGAGAUCAUAUUUGUAAUCCUUAGUAAUAUAGGGGCUAAGGAGGUUUGUACAUAAGUAUUAAUGAUACAAAGGCUGGUAGCGGAAAAAAAUUGGUAGUCGAUCUUGCACUUUCUCUUUGACUCAUGACCCAUACAGAAAGUUCAUUGCUAGGCAGGCUAAUCAUUACCGAUUAAACUCCACAUGGUAAUUACCUAGCUAUUGUACAUGCCGUUUCAAUAAUAUGAAAUGAGCAACGUGUUAAAUGAACACUAUUAAUCUAACUACCACUAUACUUACUAUCUUCUCUUAGUGUCAUAGCUUUAUUUCGGUAAUUGUCGUUUCGAUAACUCAAAUUAAUUUAACAUGUAGAACUGACUGGGUUAAAGCUGUUGAUAAUAUGUCAUAUUUUUGCAUAGUGGAAAGGUGGAAUAUUCUCAUAAAAUACACAAGGAACGUGUAAGGCAAUAAUAUGAGCGGAUAAAAGUUACAAAGUUGUACGUAAUCAAGAGCGUGUAGAAGGAUGUGAGAUUAAGUGGUAUGAUAGGAGAGGCAUGUAUUUUUCAUAAGGACGCUUUUUUAGGUGUCAUCGUGUUGAAACUCUACAAUAAGUCUACAGUUGAAUCAUGUCUAAUGUUACAAUGUCUAAUUCAUUUCAUGAAAGUUUGCUAAAUCUUUUGCUGCAUCUACAAGAAUUCCAUACAUGCAUAUCCUGGAUUUCAAUAAAUGUACAGCUAUAUAAUAAAACUUUGAUGAAGCUAUGGGUAGAUUUAAUUUGUAGAGAAAAAUUAUGAAUGAGAUGACCUGGGUAGGGGAAAAAAUUCAAAAAAUAUAUUGUACUUGGUAGUCGAUGUAUUUUUUAAUCCCCAAAUAAUUUACAAUAUCACAUGAUAUACUUCUACUAUUUUUUACAUCAAUUUAGAUAAUGACAGUAAAAUUUUCGAUUCAGAUAUAAAAUUCAUAUAUUUUCAAAUAUGUACAUAUCCGCUUGAUGAUGCAAACGAUUAAAAUUGAUUUAUUUUUUGUAUACUAAACGUAGUUUCUGUAGUAUCAUAUUAUUAGUCGUCUAAUCGUUGUACUUCCAAUUCUUCAACUUCUAAUUAUCCAACACCAUGUAACUGUUGUUUUUUUUUUUCUUUGUUUCUUAUAUUCCUCAAAGAUGAAUGUGUGCUUAUAUUACCUCUAGUUACAUUUUAUCUGAACUAUUAACAUAAAAUUGAAAUUUCAUCAAUUGUUUUAUAAGUAUUCCUCAACAAUGGAAAUGUACUUCAAGGUGUACGCUUUUGAGUCAAUAUUUAUACAUCAACAUAUUUAUGUUCAAAAUCGAUAAAAUUGCGAUAGCUACUAGAAAGCAAUUUACAGAGCCCGAGAUUUCUCUCAUACACAUUAACAGAUAAUAACUAUGUCCUCCUAUAGGUGUAGUGUUUGAUCGGCGAAGCUGAAGUUUUAUUCACCUUCCAAGAUUGAAAAUCUUUGAAAAUCUUUAAAAACUUUCACAUUAGUAAACCAAAAUUCCUCGAUUUCAAUAAAUUUACCAUCACAUAAAAUUGGAUCGAAUAAUUAUCUUAAUUACUUUCGAGUUUAAGAAAACUAUGUAUAUCCUUAAGCUAACAUAUUUACGGUAAAAACUUAGAUUAUCUGUAGAUGAAUCUCAUCAAUAGGCGACCAUUCAAUUUAAAUCCACUCAUUUGUCAACUGUUGCUGGAUAAAUUCUUCCGUUUAUUAUUCAUAUGUAUUUAUAAAAGAGUCGCCUAUCUGGAUAUAGGAAUACGACAUUUAAUUUUAAUAGACAAAAAUUGUAUAUACCAGACAUAAAUGAUGGCUGUCAUGUCAA